UUUCCAGCUAUAUCCUUUUAUUCUCUUGGCUACAAACAGCGUGUGUAUGCGACUCUUGACAACUAGCCCAGGCAAAAUCCCAUUCCCAAAGUCCAAAAACCCUAACCCGCGCGUUGAAUUCCUGCCGAGCAAGAAGUACUACACGGAGAGUACUGGUGCCUCUCCACCACUCCCCUCUGCGGUGAAGGUGAAAUUUCCAUGGCGAAGAACAAAAACAAGAAGCGAAAGCUCUCGAAGACACCGAUCAAAAAAUUCCAGAAGAAAGUAGAGAAGCAGAAGAAGAAGAAGAAGCAGGUCGAGAAAGCCCCUGUUCUAGUGAAGGAGGAAGACUCUGAUGACUCAUUAUCUGAACCCGAAUUGGAGUCCGAGAAGUUUCAGAAGCUCAUCGAACCCUACACCAAAGAUCAAUUGAUCGAAUUUAUCUGCGACGCCGCUGUUAACGACUCUACUAUCCUCCAGAGAAUUCGUUCUACCGCCGAUCGUGAUAUCUCCCACCGCAAGAUCUUCGUUCACGGCCUUGGCUGGGACACUACCCGUGAAACCCUAAUGUCCGCUUUCAAUUCCUACGGUGAGAUCGAGGACUUGAAUGUUGUCAUCGACAGGGCAACCGGUAAGGCAAAAGGGUAUGGUUUCGUUUUAUUUAAGACUCGCGCGGCCGCAAAUAAAGCUUUGAAACAGCCCCAAAAGAAGAUCAACAAUCGCGUUACCUCGUGUCAAUUAGCUUCUAUCGGGCCGGCUCCUCCUAUCCAGAAGGAUGAUACGACGGGUCGAAAGAUCUAUGUCAGCAAUGUUCCUUCUGACGCGGACCCAGAGAAGCUUCGGACAUUCUUUGCCAAGUUUGGCGAGAUCGAGACGGGUCCGAUGGGUUUCGAUUCCUCAACGGGGAAGUCUCGAGGGUUUGCUCUAUUUGUAUAUAAGACGCAAGAGGGAGCUAAGAAGGUUCUUCAGGAACCGUACAAGAUGUUCGAGGGGCAUCAGUUACACUGUCAGAGGGCCUCUGAGAACAAGACCAAGCCUGCAGUGGCAGUGCAGCAGCCUGUGCAAACUCCGGUACUAGCUGCUGUGGCAGCUUCGCAAAAUUUGGCUUUAUUUAGUCAGCACCCAACUCUUAAUCCAUUGUAUGGUGGGUUGAUUGGGAACCCAAAUGCUGGGUUGGUUGCAGGCUCUUUCCACCCCAUGAUGGCAGGUGCUCUGAAUCCCGUUGCGAUUCCAUCUACUCAAGUGGCUGGGAGUUCUUUCGGGACUGCCAUGGGGUUAGGAGGAUAUGGCCCAUCGCAUAGUUUGGCUACUUUUGAGGGUAAUCCUUCAUUGCUUGGGCCGUAUGGUUCUAGUGCCACAUCUUUGCAAGGUCUGCAAUCUUAUCAAAGUUCAAACAUGCAGCCAUUUUACGGAAGGAACCAUCCGACUGCCGGGGCUUUUCCUGGUUAUCCAUCUUAGAGGUGAUGAAGUGCAGCUGAGCUAAGGAGGAUUAUGUUGAUGCAAUGUUGGAGCAAAUUUUUCGAAGAGCAUAUUCUGGUUCAGUUUCACAGGCUUAGAAGGCUUAAUGAUAGCAAGAAAACGAACUUUUCUCUGUUUUUCUUGUAGGUUCUCUUAUAGGUUUAUAUAGUUUUCUUUUUAUAGUUAUUUUUUUUCCAUUUUUAACUUUUUUAUCUUGCACUUUCUUGUCCAACUUCUCAGGAUUUCUAUAUUUUCUAUGAUAAUUUUGCUGUUUAAUAUCGGCCACACAUUCA